AUGGGUGCUGAUCAGAGCAAGUUUGAUUAUAAUUAUGGCCAAAUAAUUGAAAGAGACAAUCUAUGUGAAAAAAGGCUCCAAUAUGAUAUUAAUGCAAAGGAUGUCUUUUUGUAAUCGUUAACAUCAAUUCCAAUUUUAAAAUCUUUUGAGGAAGUUGAUAAAAUUACAUUCUGUGGAUCUCAAAAUGAAAUAAAAGCAUUUUUCUCUUACAAUCAAAUAACUCUACAUCGAUUUGUAUUAACUCAAGAAUUCACACUGAAAGAAACAUAAAUAGUUUGCAUCAUAAAAUAAAUCCUUUCAAAUCUGAAUCAAAAUAAAGUUUAAAUACACCCUAAAGAGAUUUUAUUACCUGAAUAUAUCAUGUUAGAUCCAGAAUUAUUUUUAUAAAAGAGUGAUGUAUAAAGAAUAAGAUAAGGAAAUAUCAAACAUCAAGAUUAUUAUUUGGCUCCUGAAGUUUUAACUGGAAAAUGCAAAUCAAAUAUAACAGCCUAAAUUUUUAGUUUAGGAUUGGUAUGUUUAUUUAUAAUGACUAAAUCGACACCUUUUGAUUUUAAUAUCUAUGAUACCACAUCAUUUCAAUAAUUAAAUCUUUAAAAAUAUAUCAAUAAAAUAAAUACAGGAAUCUAUUCAUGUAAGUAUUAAUAUAAUUUUUAGAAUUACUCAAGAAUGUAAUUAUUGACAUGCUUAAAGAGGAUCCGAAAUUAAGAAUUAAUGAAGAUUAAAUUAUAUGUAGAUUAGAUGAAGUACUUAUGUUUCAUUCAUAAAAAACUCUCAAAUUUUAAGAAAGUGCAAUUUUAAUGUCUGUUAAUUCAUCAAAAAUAAAACUAGAUUUAAAUGAAGAAUUAAAACAAUCUUAAUUAAGUUACAAUUACAAAGAACGUCCAUCUGAAAAUUAAAAAUGUGAUAAAGAAAAAAAAUUAAGUAAACAUACAGCUAAUAAUUCACCUUAAACUAAUCAUCAAAAUCGUUAAAAUAAGGAGAAUAUUGAAUUAGAAUUUAUAACAAAAAAGGAAAAAAGAACAAAUAAUUACAGUUUUAGUGCUUGCUCUAGUAGAUCUCAUAUUAGAGGAAUGUCAAUUAAACCAGCAAAGAAGUAAGUUUAUUAAGAUAAACAUACAUCAAUUAAAUAACGAUGGAAAUGA